CGUGUCCCGCGGCAGCGCCCCCUGGCGGCGGAGGGCGGAGCGGGCCAAGAUGGCGGCGGAGCCGGGCCCGGGCCCGGGGCCCGACGCGGAGCUGGAGGAGCUGCUGGAGAGUGCCCUGGACGACUUCGAGCGCAGCCGCCCCGCUCCCCCUGCCCCUCCCAGCUCCUCCUGCCCCCCCGACUCGGCCAAGGGCUCGCUGUUCUCCUCGCAGGAGAGGUUCUUCCAGGAGCUCUUCGAGGGCGAGCUGGCGGCGCAGGCGGCCGCCGAGUUCCAGGAGGCCAUGCAGGAGCUGGCCCGCCAGGAGCCCCAGCUCGUCGAGCAGUUCCAGAAGCUCUCGGAAGCUGCCGGAAAAGUCGGCAGCGACGCGGCCUCGCAGCAGGAAUUCACCUCCUGCCUCAAGGAGACCCUGAGCGGGCUGGCCAAGAACGCCAAUGACCUCCAGAAUUCUCCGGGCUCCGAGGAGGAGCUGGCCAAGGCCCUGGAGGGGCUGGGGCUGGACGAGGGCGGCGGGGACGGCGUCCUGCCCGUCAUGCGCAGCAUCAUGGAGUCCCUGCUCUCCAAGGACGUGCUCUACCCCUCCCUCAAGGAGAUCACCGAGAAGUACCCCGAGUGGCUGCGGCAGCACGAGGGCUCGCUGUCCCCGGAGCAGCGGGCGCGCUUCGGGGCGCAGCAGGCGCUGAUGCUGCGGAUCUGCGCGGAGCUGGAGCGGGAGCGGCCGGAGGAGCCCGAGGGGCAGCGCCGCCAGCGCUUCGAGACCCUGCUGGACCUGAUGCAGCAGCUGCAGGACCUGGGCCACCCCCCCAAGGAGCUGGCAGGGGACACGCCGCCGGGACUGAGCCUGGAGCUGCCGGGGGGGCUCUCGGGGGAGCAGUGCCGCCUCAUGUAGGGCACUUUUGGGGUCCCCCCCCGGCCGGCCCUACACCAGGGCGAAGAGGAGCCCGGCGGGGUUGGGACCUCCCCCCCGCACCCCAACUUUGGGGUUUUUGGGGGUGGGGGGCGCAGGGACCCCCCCGGAUGGGGAGGGGUCCCCCCCUCACCCCGGUGACCCCAAUAAAGAGCUGGUGACGGGAA